CUUCAAGUAUAAAUUGUCUCUUCUCAUCGUUUCUGAUUUCAGUUAUACAGAGCAUCACAGUCCCAAAUCCCAAUAUCUGCAUAGAUUAACAAGUGCACGCAUCCUCAUCAACAUAAAUCUAUCUUUUUGGGUUGAAGCCUUGUAACAUGAAAAGGCCACUACGAAAUUCCCAUAAGGAAAGCUCCCAAAGCUACGACAAUUUCUUAGAUGUUUUACCUGAUGACCUCGUCGUUUUCAUCCUCUCCAAGCUCGCCUCCACCCUCUCUUCUCCUUCAGAUUUCACCAACACCUUAUUAACAUGCAAAAGAUUCAACAGCUUAUGUUUUCAUCAACUAGUAUUAUCAAAACUCAGUGUCAAAGCAUUCGCCAUGAAGCCCAAAAAUUGGUCAGAACCGGCUCACAAUUUUCUCAACCGUUGUGCCAACGCCGGCAACCUCGACGCCGGUUACACUCUCGGAAUGAUCCGUUUUUACUGCUUGGAAAACCGUAAGAGCGGGCUUUCACUGAUGGCGAAGGCGGCGAUGAAGUGCCACGCGCCGGCGCUGUACUCCCUGGCGGUGAUACAGUUCAACGGCAGCGGCAGCACCUCCAGGGAUCUGAGAGCCGGCGUGGCCUUGUGUGCACGAGCCUCCCUCCUCGGCCACAUCGACGCGCUUCGCGAGCUAGGCCACUGCCUCCACGACGGUUACGGCGUGCGCCGCGACGUCGACGAGGGGCGCAAGCUGCUCCUCCAAGCCAACGUUCGCGAGCUCGCGUUUGUGAUGCACGCGGUUACUCAAUCUCCCUCUUCCUCAACCUCGCUGCUGACGUGGCGCGAUUGGCGGUUACGGGACUGCAAGUACCUCGCGGAAGCGGUUGGCUCGUUGGGCGGUUACGACGGUGGCGCGGUGCAGCCGGUGGAUUGGUUCAUGAGGGAGUGGUUUGAGUCAGGUUGCGGUGGUUUGGGGGAGGGGCUGAGGCUGUGCUCGCACAUUGGGUGUGGGCGAGUUGAGACGCGGGCGCAUGAGUUCCGGCGGUGUUCUGUUUGCGGCAAGGUGAACUACUGCUCGCGGGGGUGCCAGGCGGUGGAUUGGAAGCUCCGACACCAGAUGGAGUGCUCGCCGGUGGAAGUUUGGGAUGAGGACAACGGUAACGACGGCGGUGAUCUCGAGAUGGGGAAUUAAGAACGUGACGUUUGGUGAUUGAUUGGGAGGUAAUUGCAGCGUGAUUUCGUGUACAGAUGUCAGAUUAGAGCAACUCCAACCCCAAAAUUUUUAUUUGGUUUCUUAACACACUAUUCAGCACUAUUUUUGUGGGCCCGUACUGCCACAUCAGACUUAAGAAACUCCUAAGAAACUGAAGCAGAUUUUGCUUCAACCCAUGGGUUCUUAAAUUACUAUUUCAAGGGUCCCACUGUGUCCCACCAUACAACAUUAAUUUAUAAUAUUUAUUUUCAUUCAA